AUGAGCUAGAAAAGAAAAUUUCAUAGGGAUUAUGGGCUCGACUUGAUAGUAUGUAUGAGAGUUAUUUUGACAAAGCAAUCUGUGGAAAUUAUUAGGAUCAAGAAUACUUCUUUGAUUGGCGUAAUUAUUUUGGAUACAAUUUUAGUGGAUCAUAAUUUUUUCAAUAGAUAUUAGUGAAUUUAAUAUGAAUGGAACUUAAGUAUUUAAUUGCACAUGA